AAGGGUUGUGGGCAGGGGGCAUAAAAUGAUGUGACUGGGAAAGAUCACCUCCCAGGAAAAUGGACCUUACGAGUGAGAGCAAACCUGGUACUUAAGAGCUCUAAAUCCCCACAGGAAGAAGAGAUUGAUUCUAGUGGCGUUAGAGGUAGGGGUUAAGAAGAGGGGAGUUAGGACUUAGCCUGGGCUCUGUCAUGGACAGCUGGCCAGACACAACCUUGGCCUGAGACCUACUCCCCAGAGUCAGUUCUGUACCUGUAUGUCACAGUUUACAAAGCACCACCACUCAUGCCCAUCUUCCAGAGUCUGGGGGAGAUGCAGGGCCCGGCCUCACCUGGAUGACCUGGUUAGAGCCAGGAGCCAGAUUUAAUGUUGGUCUCCUAAGACACCCUGCUCUCCUCAAGGCUGAGGCUUUUCUCUGCAGGUUACCAGCCUGAGGGUGACCAGCUCCUCCUCAAAGAAGCCUCCUCCCUCCCUGAUCGCCCUGGGGGUCGUUUUCAGCUUGUAGGCCUACCAGGAUGGAGGGGAAUGCUGAAAUGGAGUUGCUGAGGACACUGAAGGGGCCCUCCACAGGAGAGGUCAACGUGCACCUGGUGGCCAGAGACAGCCCAAGUUCCAGCUCUCACCUGCCGGCUACUGCCUUCAUCAUCCCAGCCGGCUCGGCCACCCUCGGCCUGCCCAGCAGUGCCCUGGAUGUUUCCUGUUUUCCGCGGGAGCCGAUCCAUGUGGCCGCUCCGGAGCGAGUGGCCAGCAGCGUACCUGUCACGGCCACCGUUCUGCCGCAAUUAAGCGCGGGACCUGCGGCCAGCUCCAGCGCCACCACAGUGCGGCUCCUGGAGUGGACCGAGGCCGCCGCCCCGCCUUCUGGGAGCGGCCUGCGGUUCCGGAUAAGCGAGUACGCGCCGCUGAACAUGGUAGGAGCGGAGCAGCCCCCGAGCCCCGAGCUGCGGCCGGAAGGUGUGGCCGAAUAUGAAGAUGGCGAGGGCCCGGCAGGAGGUGGCGAUGCAGGCACCCAACAGCCGG